AUGGAUUUCAUUGAAACGCAACACCAAGAUAGGCAGAUGACCGGCCGAACGCACUCGGCCGGACAGGAAAGCAAUUGGCUUCGCUCGGCCUUUACCAGGACAGACCCGCACGCCCGCAUCGGUCGACCAGGAAGGAAAUGGACCACGGUCGACCCAGAAUAUCACCUGAAGGCCGACCCCGACGGCCGACCACAUCCCUUACACGGUCGACCCGAGGUCUGCGAACAAGAAGUCCACUUAUGCAGUUUUGACUAUUCUCGGCCCGUUUCACCUCAACCGACUUGUGGAAGACCUAGGGCACUAUAA